AUUUCCUCCUCCCCUAACCCUUAAGAGGGGUCAGUCUACUGUAGGUACCACUGCGCCACCGAUCCCGCGGCCUCCGCUGUUGGGCGAUAGACUGCAACCCUAGCCUCUGGACACGGAAUUGUACAUAAUUAAUAUGCAGAAGUUUUUGCAGUUCGCGCGGGCAGCGGCAAGCGGCAGCAGGUCUCUCGAAGGGCUAAAGUACCUAGCUUCUCGAAGUAGAACCAACGCCUCCUCAACAAUUCUUAGGUAUUAGGUACUGUAGUUGUCAGUUGUCUCUCUUAUUCCGGACCUCUCACGCGCAACCGUCCACCAACCACAAAAAGCCAAAGAGACCUAGACGAACGUCACCACUUUCUACCCUCCACUAAGAAUCUCUUAGACUUGUCUAAUUCGCUAUUCACCUUCCAUCUCGCAUCAAACCCCACGAACCAUGAAUUUAUAGUCAAAAAUUCCCCUUCUCCUCUAUGGUCCCGUUCCCCAUCCCCCAUCCCCGAUCCCCCAUCCCCCGUCUCCAUCCGCCACGCAGCAACAACUCAUCAUGCUUGACCCCUCUUCACUGCUGCUGUGGACCCUGCUCCUCCUUGUCACCGCCCUUUGUCUUGCCCUUUGUCUUGCCCUUCUGGUCGCCGCCCACAUCCUUACUUCCUACGCCACCGCCUACCUAGCCGCGCCCCACGAGAUAACCACCUUUCUCGAAGCCGUAGACUCUUCCAUACAGGAGAACGAGGGAUUCAAUGGAGACGUCGAGAAGGUGCCGAGGCUGGCGGAUAAGCUGCGAUUGGGCCGAUUGCUGCGCGAGAUCCAGAAGAGCGGAGACGAUCUGCGGGAGGAGCUGAACCGCCUCGUCCUAGCCGAGGGCGGCCGGACCUUGCGUACCAGCGCGCGAUUCCUCUGGGCGGGCCAUAGGAAACAAUUAGAAGAGAGGGUACGACGGCUCGAUAUGUUGCGCAUGCGAUUCUUAGUGGUAUAUAUGGGUAUCGUUGCGACGAUGGCGGGGGACCGUGCGAAGCAGGCUGAGAGGACAACGCCGAAAGAUCCGGAGAAGGCAGCUCUACAUUUCCAACAUCAGAUGCCUACUAGACCGUGUCUUCCGAAGGGACUGAACGAAAGCAUCAAACAGAAACCACCGUUAAGAAGGUUGACAACACAGGCGACGACGUCCAUGACAGGACACCACGAAAAGAAUGAGACCCCUCAUCAAGCGUCCCACCAGACGCCGCACAGGACACCGCAAAAACCACCGCACCAGAUGAACUGGAUGGGUGUCGUGCAGGAGCUCCAGCGAUCCCCACGCAUGCAAAAGCGGCACGCCUCGAUAGAACUAGCCAUGCGAUCACCGCCCCCCAUAUCGCCCUUAGGUAGCCCUAUAUCGUCAACACCAGAGAUGGACAACGGCCGAUUUCGCGACGCGAUAGACUCUAUUCCGGAAGAUAAAGAUAAAGAUAAAGAUGAAUUAAAGACAAGAGAUAAAAGAACAAGACUUGAGUUGAAAACUGAGCGAUUGAGACGACCCCCUGACGAAUACAGUACAAAUAUGUAGGAGCACGAGAACGAACACGAACGCACAUCGCAUACACGACGACGACGACGACGAUGAUGUAUAACGACACCCUUCAUGACCCUUCGAGAUGUCGGUGAGCUUACUUAUGAGCAUUUACGCCUAUCCAUAUUAUUCCAUUCCACGCGGAGUUCUGGUCACUUCACGAGAUACCCCAUUUUUUGAUUGAUUGAUUGAUUGAUUGAUUUAUUCUACUUCGCUGCAUACUACUAUUACUACUACUUUACAUUCCCUUGGACAUUUCACGGGUUAUAUUUCUGCUUGCUUCCCUUUUUUAUAUCUUCGCAUAUCGGGAUAUUUAGAUACCACGUCUCAUACCCGUAUUACAUGGAUUGGUUAUUAUCCCAUGGGAAUGUCAUUUGUAUUGGAUGGAUUUGGUGUAGGCUUAGGUGGAUGUACAAGAACUGGUUGGGCGGUUAUAUUAGGGAAAGGAAAUCGAUUUAUAGCGUCGAUAAUAUAUCUAGCUACCUAAGCUAGCGGUUAAUCCAAGCAUUUCAAUACUGAGUUUUAUCAUAGUAUAAAGGGUACGGCUGUGGAUAUUAGAGUAUCGCUGGCAUAUGUAUUCAUACUCCAGUGACAGCCGUAAUU